AGCAAAGCAUCACACCCACUAACACCUUUACGGGCAGAGCUCAGUCUCCUCGCCCCCCUAACAAGUCUGUUUGCCUCACCUUGGCGCCUGGUCGCCCGCACAAUCAACAACUCGAGCCGCCCAAGCCGCCGCCUCGUAAUCGUCCUCCAGCCUCCACCUCCCUCCACCUCCCCCCAACCAACUAUUUACAGCAGCGCCGCCGCCGCCGUCGCCUAUACCUCUUCCUCUCCCUCUCUCUACUACAACGACACAAUGGCCACCACUACCGCUACUGCCACGGCCAGCUUCUCCGAGCCGCCGACGCGCGUGCCUUCCCCAUCACACACGCCCGCGGCGCGCGAGAUCCCCACCGACUUUCGCUCGUCGCUCGCGGCAUGGUGGGCCUCGUCGGGCUACCGCGACGCUAGGAUCGCCGAGGACCGCAUGCUCCGCCGCCUGAGCUACUACACGCCUGCGCCGCCAGAGCCGUCCAAGUCGUGGUUCUCCUGGUCGGGCAGCCACCCCCAGACGGACGAGAAGCCGUUUGUGCCGCCCAUCGACCCCAGCACUGGGUUCGCCGCGACCGUCCGCAACGUCUUCAUCCCCACCCCGGACCCUGCGCUGGCACCCACCGUCCCAGACACCAACCCCGACUCGCGCGCCUCGUCGCUCAAGUCGGGCACCAGCAGCCACCAUCACCACCACCACAAGAAGCACUGCCACAAGAACCACCAGGACUACAUCAACACGCUCGAGAUCAGUCGCCAGGACAAUGCCGACUCGAAGGAGGCUGUCGUCGUCCUCCACGGCUACGCCGCGGCCCAGGGAUUCUUCUUCCGUAACUGGGACCCCAUCGCCCGCUCUGCCGCCGCCACUGGCCGCCGCACCUUCUUCCUCGACUGGCUCGGAAUGGGCCUGUCGUCGCGCCCGAACCCCGCGCUCCUUGCCGCUCCCUCCAACGCUCCCGUCGAGCAGCGCGUCGCCCGUGCUGAGCACUUCUUCCUCUCGUCGCUCGAGUCGUGGCGCGCCUCGGUCGGCCUCGAGAAGAUGGUCCUCGUGGGCCACUCGCUCGGUGGCUACCUCGCGACGGCAUACGCCCUCCGCUACCCCGAGCGCGUGAGCUCGCUCAUUCUUGUCUCGCCCGUCGGUAUCCCCCGCGGCGAGCUCAACCUUAACGGCUCGCCCGGACCCGCACCCGCCACCAAGGCCAAGCCGGCGCAGGAGGACGCCGACAACGUCGACGAGGGCAUCGCCGGCAACCCCGAGGCGCUCGAGGCCGCCGUCACGGGCGAGGACGCACACGGCGAGGCCAAGCAGUGGCAGCAGGAGCGCGAGAACUCGGCAUUCCGCCGCGGAGCUACAAAGAUGUUCCUCUGGGGCUGGGACAAGGGCCUGUCGCCUUUCAGCGUCCUCCGCGGCAUUGGACCAUGGGGCCCGAUGCUCGUCGGCAAGUACUCGUCGCGCCGUUUCGCGUCCCAGUCGGCCGACGACGUGCGCGACCUCCACUCGUACAUCUACGGCACGAGCACGCUCAAGGGCUCGGGCGAGUUCUGCAUCUCGCACAUCCUCAAGCCUGGAGCAUACGCCCGCCUUCCUCUGAUCGACCGCGUCGACAAGCUCAAGAUCCCCGUGUCGUUCCUCUACGGUGACAAUGACUGGAUGGACCUCGACGGCGGCCGCGACGCCGUCAAGGUGCUCGAGAAGGCCGGCAACGCCGCUGGCUCGUUCCACGUCGUGCCCCAGGCCGGCCACCACCUCUACCUCGACAACCCCGAGGUCACGAACGGUAUCAUUGACCGUGCCAUCCGCACCGCCCCUCGCUCGUACGAGUACACACCGGCAAAGUAGAGUUGGUGUUUUUGAGUUUUGAGUUUCCGUAUCGGGACUGCAGAUUAGAUACGACUAGAUAUGAUGAUUUGUACUAUUAUUGUUGCCUUGUCAUGCAUCAUGAGCGUUGGCUCGACUAAAUAUAAUGCGCAGUGGUAACACACAUGAGUACACGCCGGCGGCUAGGCAAACUUGACGGCCUCGGCAUCGAGCAACGAGUCGAUGAAAGCCGCAGCCGCCUUAUCCUGGGCAUGUGGGCUGAGGGAGGUGCGCUCCAACAGCGCCAGCGCGUCGGCCGCACUUGUCCGCUCGGCGGCCUCGAGGCGGACCAAGCCGCCAAGCACGCGCACCACGUCUGCCCUGGCAUCUCCCUCUUCUUCCUCGUUGAGGCCGGGGAGCACCGACGCAAGAGGCACGGCGGGGCGCUCGUCAAAGAACAUCUUGUGCGCGUCGGGCAGCGAGUCAAAGGUCUGAGCGGCGGGGUCAGCUGGCGCCACGCCGCGGCACGCUUGCGACGUAACGUCGGCCACCAGAUCGCGUGCCUGGGGCCACCAGCCAUGGCUGGAGAAAGAAAACACGACAACACUGCGCCGCAGUGCCUGGCAGCCACCGCCAGAGCACUUCCAGAUUAAGAUUCUAAACAAGCAAGGCGCUGUAAAGUUCCACUCAUGGAACUUUGGCACCAACAUGCCAUGCCACGCUGCCCUGGGUCUGCCGCAACAAAGGUGCCACGACAAGGCGUUCCUCAGCCACCGCAGCUGGCGGCAUGCACGCCGCAGCCGGACGAGAUGGCACAAAGCAACACUCUACAGCCCACGUCCGCCUCGUUCCACAACCAACUCACAGGCCACGAAUCCUUUGUCGGCGUGCCCAGGAUGCGGAAUAUGCUGCCCGCGAGCCCGAGGUCGCCGUAGGCCGCAUUGAACAGCGGUGUGCGCUCGUUGUCCGUCGGGCUGGGCCGGCGCCCGAUCUUGAGCGCUGCAACGGCAGCCACGGCGGCACCGAGCUCCUCGUCCGAGCUGUCCGGCCCGCUGUCCGGCUCGACGGGGUACGGGCCUGUCUGGCGGAAGAACUCGGCGAGCGUGGCGCCCGCGCCCCACAGGUCGAGCGCGCGCGGGUCGUAGUCGUUUGGGCCGAACAGCAGCUCUGGGGCGCGGUAUGGGC